CAGUAUGUUGCACAAAUACACUAAACUUCUGUAAACACUCUGCUCGGGUGAGAGCAUAGCAUUCAUAGGAGAGGGUGCAUCUAGAGAGAUGCUUUCAUCAUUGAUGGUGGUACCCUCCUUAUCUUCUAUGUUAAGCUAGUUUGAAAUUGAUUGUAUGAGAAUGUGAACUCGUUUAUCUUUGCAUGUAUCGAGGCUAUGAUUUCAUAUUAUGCUUGUGUUGAUACUUGUGAUUUUCGUUGCCUUACAUGUACAUGUAUUGCAUGGAUGUUUAUGUUUCCAUUGUAGGAGGAAAAUCAAUGCAAUCAAGAAGCUUGGGGAUCAAGUUGAAAUUAAUCAAUCCCUCUUAAUUGAUUGAUUACGCAAUCAUAGCUCAAACUCCACAAAUCAAGCAUCGCCAAAUAUGGAAGAAUGAGUUGUCUACAACUCAUACCCAGAUCACCCUUGCUCAUCAUCUGUGAUUAUAAAAGGAGCCGCAUAAUCACAACUCGAAGGCAAUUUUGUGAGAAAGUGGUAAAGGGCUUCUAAACAAAAGGUUUUUAGCAAAGAGGAAGAGGUUCUUUGCUAGUUGCUGAUACAAAUUUUGGAGUUUGGAAUUUGGGUUGUUUCUUCAUCAUUAUGUUUUACUUAGUAUUUUCUUUCUUAAAGUUUAAUUUCAAGUUGUCAUUUGUACAUGUAAGUUAGAUCAUCAAGAAAAUAAAAAAUAGAAUCAUAGGGGUGGACGUAGCCCAUUGCACCGGGGUGAACCACGUUAAAAAUAUCGUUUGUUCUUUCGAUUUAUGCAAUUUCCUUCUCAUACUCUACUCUUCACACAAAUACUCUAUUUUCUAAGGACACUGGUCCAAGGAAGAAGACGAGCUGAAGUAUUCUUCCUUCUCGGUUAUUUUGGCUGGGCCUGAAAGUCCCUAAGCUCAUCUCCCCUUUUGGUUUUCUUCACUUAGUUCUUGUGUGGGCUUUGUGAAGUUGCGGGCCUACACUAAGGGGGAGAAUACGAACAAAAGGGUUGAAGGACUUCUCCUUCAUUUCGUUCUUCUUCUUUCUUCUCUUCUUGUACUCGCAAUCCCUAGACCCUUCUCUUUAAUUUCAAUUGGUAUCGGAGCCAAUCCCUUGAUUGAGCUACAUACUACCAAGGGAAUUGAUCAUUGGAUCGUCUGUCGUUGGUCAUGCAUCAUACAAUCACCCACCUUUGUUCACAGGAACAAAUUAUACCUCCUGUAAGCGACGAAUGGAAACUUUCCUCUGGGGAGUCGAUGAAGCUCUCUGGACAGUGAUCAUUGAUGGUCCUAUCACAAUGGAUUUUUCCCAACGAUCAACCUGGAAUGACGCCCAGAAAAAGAGUGCACAACUCAACAAAAGAGCUAUGCACAUCUUCCACUCUGCCAUGGCGGCGACCGAGGCAGACAAGAUCGAGCACUGCGACACUGCUCACGAGAUCUAGACUGUGCUUGACAAGACGUACGAGGGAACCUCAAAUAUCAAGGAACACGGAUCGAUCUCCUGAUGCACGAAUACGAAACAUUUGUCAUGACCCAGGUGAGGACAUCCAGUCCAUGUAUUCUCGCUUUACUAUCAUCCUAAACAAAUUAGAAGGUUUAGGAAAAACUUUCGUGAGUAAGGAUAUAAAUGGAAAGAUCCUUCGUUCAUUUUCUAAGGAAUGGUUACCUAAAAGAAAUGCAGUAGAAGAGGCUCAAAAUCUGAAUACCUUACGAGUUGAUGAAUUAAUUGAUUCCUUAUUAAGCAAUAAGCACGUUGUCAGGCAAGUUCAUGGUGAAGAUAAGUGCCAGAAGAGUCUAGCAUUUCGAACUAGAGUCUACCAAGAUGAAUCUGAGGAUGAUUCACCUCUUGAUCUUGAUAGGGAAAUUGAUUUUCUUAGUAAGCAUUUUCAACGUAUGAUUAAACAUAAGAAUGAGCAAAAAUGGUUUAGUAACACCUCUGGAAAAUUCAACACUCAUGAUAGAACUCACUCUAAUUUCAAAGAUAGGUUGCCCUAUAGGCAGACCAGAGAUGUGGAUGCAGGUACUUCAAAUAAGGAACCUCAAGGCUGCUAUAAGUGUGGGUAACCAGGGCAUAUUCAUGCUCAUUGUCCUCUCGCCCUCAAAGCCAAAGAGAAAGUCAUGAUGGCUUCUUGGAGUGACUAUGAUUCCGAGUCAGAUGAUGAUCAGGUAGACGAGGAAGCAUUCAUGGCCUACGCCAUGAAUAUAGAAGGUAAUUCUACUCACUCUACAGCUUGAACUUGCCUUCAAAAUAGCCACAUUUGACUCACACAUGGAUGAAGAGCACCAUUUUUAUAUGGAAAAUGGCUGCUCCCGUCACAUGAAUGGUACAAAACAUUUAUUUACCUCACUCUCUCCUCAGAAUGGUGGUAAAGUCAUCUUUGGUGAUGAUAGUUCUGGAAACAUUAUUGGUAGUGGUACUAUAGGAUGAGAACCUUUUCAUGUCAGUCGUAAUGUUUUGCUGGUCGAGGGUCCAAAACAUAACUUACUCAACAUUAGUCAAUUGUGUAGAAACGGCUAUAAAGUGGUUUUUGAAGCUUCUCGUUGCAUGGUUGAAAGCCCACAAGAUCACAAAAUCCUAUUUGUUGGCAAACGUCAAAAUAAUAUGUAUGUUAAAAUUUCCAUACACAUUAAACGAUCUUUCAAACCCAAUUCUGGCAUUACAACCUCCUCUGUUUUCGAACUAAUUCAUAUGGAUCUCUUUGGUCCAUGUAAUGUUUCCAGUCUAGGUAGUUAGAAUUAUGCAUUUGUCCUAGCUGAUGACUUUUCUAGAUACACUUGGGUCUAUUUUCUUGCACAUAAAAGUGAAGCCUUUUUGAAUUUUUAAUUGUUUAUGCUUUGUUUGGGAAGAAGGGGAAGUGUGGGGGGGGGGGGGUAAGAAGCCGGGGUAAGUGGAAAAAUCGAGGUAAAUGCCCUCGUUUGGAUAAUUUGAUACAGUGGCAGGUAAAUGCACCCCAAAUUGAGGCGUAACAUUGAAGGAGGAAGAAAGAAAACAGGUGGUGAGGCCAGGGAAGGAAAGGAACGUUGGUGUGGGGAGAGAGAAGGGGUGGUGGGGCGAGGGAAGAGAGGGAUUGGUGGGGUUGGGUUUAAUUUUUAUUAUUAUAAAACUUAUAUUUUAUAUCUCGAUUUGCACCCUACUAUUUUUUUUAUCCAGACAACAAUUUGUACCUCAGUUUGCACCCCCUUAAACUUGCUCCCCCUACCAUUUACAACUCAAUUUGUACCCCGCCCCCUUUUUAAUUUGCACCCCCCUUGUUGCCAAAUGGAGCGUUACUUUUACCUUCGAUAUAAAAUCCUAACUAUUAAAAGCGACAUUGGUGGCGAAUUCAUCUCUGAUGAGUUUGAGAGGUUGUGUGAUUUCUUAGGAAUAAAUCAAACCUUCUCUGCCCCUCGUACACCCUAGCAAAAUGGGGUUGUGUAAAGAAAGAAUCGGACCCUGAUUGAAUAUGCUAGGACUUUGCUACUUGAGUAUGGUUUACCUAAAUAUUUUUGGGCUGAGGCAGUUAGCACAACUUGCUAUAUAGGAAAUCGAGUUUUCAUUCGAAAACAUCUAAAAAGUACACCCUAUGAACUCUUUAAAGAAAGGAAACCUAGUAUUUCCUAUUUCCAUCCUUUUGGGUGUAGAUGCUACUGCCUAAAUACCAAGGACCAAUUAAGCAAAUUUGAUGCCAAGUCCGAUGUAGGUGUUUUCCUAGAAUACUCUAUCAAAGGUCAAGCCUUUAGGGUCUUUAACAAAAGAACCCAACGAGUUGAGUAAACUAUGCACGUAGUGUUUGAUGAAUAAUUCAGUCCUACAACCUGGAGAUCAAGAUGUAGAGGUAUUUGAUUUUGCAGAGAUGACACACUCUCCAAACGAGUCGACUCCUGACAUAGACAAUCACCUGAUCACUCCCGAAACAGCUACGACACCUGAGGUAGCAAAGAAUCAGGAAAAUACUGCACCCGUCUCCACAACUGCAAUUAUCCCUGGCUUGGCCGACCUUCAUGAAGUUGACUUGGGUUGACCAGAAUUCGGAACUUAAAACCUGAUUCCAUAAGAUACUCCAACAACACAAGACAUUCAGAAGCGACAUCCUUCUACUUAGAUCAUCGGUAACAUUAAUGAUGGACGUCGUACUCGAGGUAAGUAUAUCCCUGUCCAAUAUGCUUUUGUGUCCCAAUUUGAGCCUAAAAACUUUAAGGAAGCUAUUAAAGAUGAAGAAUGGUCUUUCUUUAUGGUUGAGAAACUAGCCCAAUUUGAACAUUUUCAUGUGUGGGAUCUAGUUCCUAGGCCUAUAGACCAUCCUGUCAUUGGAACCAAAUGGGUUUAUCGUAACAAAUCAAAUGAAGAGGGAUUUAAAACCCGUAAAAAAUCUAGACUAGUGGCUAAAGGUUAUUCACAAGAAGAGGGAAUUGACUAUGAUGAAACAUUUGCUCCUGUUGCUAGGAUAGAAUCCAUUCGAUUGCUUUGUGCCUUUGCGUGCUAUAUGAAUUUUCCUCUCUAUCAAAUGGACAUCAAAAGUGAUUUCUUGAAUGACAUUAUUCAAGAAGAUGUUUAUGUAGAGAAACCCCCAGGAUUCGUUAAUCCCGAAUUCCUUGAUCAUGUUUUUAAACAUAGAAAAGCUCUUUAUGGUCUCAAACAAGCUCCUCGGGCUUGGUAUGAUCGUCUUACAUCUUUUCUACAAGAUCAAAAGUUUAAUCAAGGCUCAGUUGAAAAAACUCAGUUUACAAAACGAACAUCAAGUGAUCUAAUUUUAGUUCAAAUAUAUGUUGAUGAUAUUGUUUUUGGCUCCACAAGUCAAUCAAUGUGCACUGAAUUCUGUGACUCAAUGAAAACUGUUUUCGAAA